GUCGCAUCGCGGGGCAACUUUUCUGAGCCUUUUGAGAUAAACACAACAUCACCGAAAUACCUUUCUUAUUCCUACCAUAGCAGCCAUCAACUAGCAGCCAAAAUGUCCGAUGACGAGGGUCUUUCUAUCUAUGACGAGGUCGAGAUCGAGGAUAUGACUUUUGACGAGGCUAUGGGCGUUUACCAGUUCCCAUGUCCUUGUGGCGACAAGUUUCAAAUCACACUCGAGGAUUUGCUGGACGAGCAGGAUAUUGCCGUGUGCCCUAGUUGCAGUCUCAUGAUCCGGGUUAUUUUUGAUCUGGAUGACCUACCGAAACCUCCCACUUCAGGCACCUCGGGCGGACAGGUUCCUAUAGCCGCUUGAGCGAAGCAAGAAUGGCGAUAGAUUCAUACAAAUUGCGACUACCCAUGCGAACAGACCCGGCACGACAGUCACCCUUCCGCCGUGAGCACGACACCCUUUGAGGAGCUUGAAGCUUCUGUGUCCAACCCAACACCCGUAAAUCGGCCGCAACUUCGGAAUCCUUGAAAAUUUCAUUUUCGCAACGUCCUCAAACCAACGCGAACAGAAACCCCUGCAUGGGUAGGACAAGAGUGGUUCCAGGGUACCUGGAAGCCCGGCUGAUACUGGUUCAACGUACUGUGUCGCCGCCACAAUCAGCCAAUUUACAAGGGCAACGGGCAGGGAGGAAGGAAUUGAGGCCCCAGCCAGUUUAGAUAAGAGCGCAACACAAACGGCAUGCCGCAAAUAAAUUUGCCGCCAUUACUCCGUUGGUUCAGGGUUCCUGCCAAGCUUCCAGAGAUAAGCAGGAAGCUUGAGGCUCAAGUGAGCUGGGUAGUAAAAGAGACACACUAUAUUUCACGAAAGUAAAAAAAACCAGAAAAUGGUGGUAUGCGAUUAGUAUUAAUAUAGCUGGAGGUGAUCUCGCUCCAUUGGUCUAUCUAUUCUAGUCAGGACAAAAAGUUCCCGAUCUAUCUCCAUCGAAAGUUAAACGCGCACCAGCACGGUUCCUCCAGGACUAUGCAUCAGAAUGCAUCAUGUCCUCAUAUCCACCAAACCCUGCACAAGUUCCGUAUGUCGAAAUUUACAGGGCAAGGGCAACAGCGAGAGCACCAGCGAGACCGCUGAGGCCGAGGGCAGCAGCGCCGUUGGCGGGGGUGGAGCCGGAGCCGGAGCCGGAGCCGGAGCCGGAACCAGAGCCAGAGCCAGAGCCGGGCUUAGUACCGUUGGUGGCUGUUAACGUGAUGUUAGUUGAACUGCCGUGAAGAGAGGAUCGUGAGAAAGAGUUGGAACUAACGGGCACCGGGAGUAGCAACGGGAGUAGCAACGGGAGCCACAGGGGUCUGGGCAGCAGCCGCAACAGCGACGAAAGCGAGGACGGCAACGGAAGCGUGCAUUUUGAUGGUGGUUUUAGGUUGUUUGGUUGUUGGUAGAAGAGUUUGAAGAGAAUUAGAUCGGGUUUAAACGAGUGUUGGUGUAGCGAUUGUAGUUGUAGUAGUUGUUGAGUGGAUGCUGAGAAUGAGGAAAUGUUUGAAUGAGCAGAGGAG